UUUUGAAAACAAAUUGCCCAGCUAGGUCACCCGCACGUCGCUUUGCGCUCACGUUCCUCUGCUUGGAUCACGUUAAUUUCUCCGUGGUCGCGUGUUCAUAGUGCUUGUGCCUCGGUUUGACGACGGACCGCCGCUACCAACGUCCGAGAGACUUCUGCCAGACAUGUACUGCUGAACUGAUAUAAUACCACACACGCAUAACAUACUAUUAUUAUCGAUAACCAUGACGGACGAUGCGAAAAAAACACAAUCAAACGUCUGCUAUAAUAACAAAAAACCCGACCUCAACCAGCAGUCGUCGACUAUCGCCAAGUCAGAUGGCGAUCCGGUGCAAACGGCACUUGGUGACUUCGGUUGGUGGCAGUUUUGGAUAACGUUCGCCCUGUCCCUAUUGAAGUUUCCAAUUGCCUGGCACCAGUUGGCAAUUAUAUUUUUAGCGGCCAAAUCGCCGUUUCGGUGCGAUAUCGGUGACAAGUCAACAACACUGUUCAACGUGACUGAUAGAUGCAAUUCCCUCGACCCGGUUACACACGAUAUGACACCGUGCUAUCAGUUCGUCUACGACAGGUCCGUGUUUCAAGAGACCAUAAUAACCGAGUGGGAUUUGGUGUGCGGCCGAUUCCAACUGUCCAAUAUCGCACAAUCGGUGUUCAUGUUGGGCGUACUUAUUGGCAACGUGUUGUUCGGUAUGUUCUCUGACAAAUAUGGUAGAAAAAUACCAAUGAUGUUCGCUAUUGUUUUAUUACUUGUUGGCGGUGUCGGCACAUCGUUAGCUCCUUGGUAUGAGCUAUUUCUGCCACUUAGAUUUGCGACCGCAUUAGCCAUUGGAGGUCUAAUGAUUAGUAGCUUCGUUUUAACCAUGGAAGUAGUAGGCGGAAAAUGGCGAACUGUGGUUAGCACUUUACAUCACAUCCCAUUUAAUUUGGGUCACAUGAGCAUGGCUCUCAUUUCGUAUUUCAUUAGAAAUUGGAGACAGUUUCAAUUGGCUAUUACACUUCCCUCGUUGUUUUUUUUCACGUACUGGUGGAUAAUACCGGAAAGUCCGCGGUGGCUGUUAGCAGUGGGCAAGGAAAAACAGGCGCGGAAAAUAUUGACCACGGGCGCUUCGCGGAACAACCGAAAGCUGGACAACGAAUUUGAAAAAUCACUAAUAAAUAGCCAGUUGGGAAAGGGUAGUGACGAAAAUAAGGGCAAUCUGUUCGACCUAUUUCGGACGCCCAAUCUGCGAAAGAAGACGCUGGCCGUGUUCUUCAAUUGGACGGUGUGUGGUUUGUGCUUCUACGGUCUAGCGCAGUAUAUGGGCGAAAUCGGCGGCAACAUAUUCAUCAACGUCGCGUCGUCCGGGCUCAUAGAGUUGCCGGGGGCGUUCCUGUGCAUAUACCUAAUGGAGAAGUUCGGUCGGAGGAACACCUUGCUGUCCGCCAACCUGGUGACGGCUCUGGCCUGCAUAUUGAUCACAUUCUUGCCUCAAAAUUCUGAAGUGGAACAUUUCAAGUUCAUAUUGGCGUCGUUGGGCAUAGUUGGAUCAUCGAUAGCUUUUCCAACCAUAUAUCUGUUUAGUGGCGAACUGUUUCCGACCGUGGUGCGCAACGUCGGUGUUGGGUCGGCGUCCAUGUGUGCUAGGAUUGGUUCCAUAAUAGCUCCAUUCGUCUCGUCUCUGGGAGUGUUCAAUGUGUACUUACCGCCGAUGGUUUUCGGCACGGUGCCACUUAUUGGCGCUCUACUGUGUCUGUUGUUGCCGGAAACGAAAGGCGCACAAUUGCCGGUGACUAUUGAAGACGGAGAACGUUUUGGACUUAAAGUAACAAAAUCGUCAUCCAAGACUAUGGAAAACGGAAUACACAAUCCAGAAUUCGUAACCGACGAUCAACAAUUGUAAACAUCAAACAAUUUGAGAAUAUUGUUUUUUAUUAUAUUAUUAUAUUAUAUCAUAUGAAGAUCUACGCUGUUAGCUAUACAUAACCAUUCAUUACAGAUUAAAAUUAUACCACAUGCAAAGAAAAUAAUGUAAAUAUUGAAUAUUGUAUAUCUACCUAACGGUAAAAAAGGGUAUAAAAGUAUUUUAACGACAAAAUUCUUUGUGACUUUUCACAUUUCUUAUGAAUAAAAUAUAAAUUGUAAAAUAAAUAUAUU